AGUUUACAUCAAGAGGUCAUUUGCAGCUCUCUUUGCAGCCAAAAUGGGAGAAAAACCGCAGUCCGAUGCAGACAAGAGGCGUCAAAUCUCCAUGAGAAAAUUGCCGGUAAUUGAAGGCGUAAAUGAUAUCAAAGAGUCCUUUAACCGGCAUCUCCAUUACACCCUAGUAAAGGAUCGAAACGUGGCGACAAGAAGGGACUACUACUCGGCCCUAGCCCAUACAGUUAAAGAUCAUCUGGUUGGAAAAUGGAUACGAACGCAGCAGACCUACUACGAAAARGAUCCAAAGCGUGUUUAUUACCUCUCUCUGGAGUACUACAUGGGGCGUGCACUCAGUAAUACCAUGAUAAAUUUAGGAAUUCAAGGAGAAUGCGAUGAAGCCAUUUAUCAGAUGGGUYUAGAAAUGGAAGAGCUGGAGGAAAUCGAAGAGGAUGCUGGUUUGGGAAAUGGUGGACUUGGUCGUCUUGCGGCAUGUUUUCUAGAUUCCAUGGCAACGCUCGGCUAUGCUGCUUAUGGUUAUGGUAUAAGAUAUGACUAUGGAAUCUUUAAACAGGAAAUAGAUGAAAAAGGAAACCAGAUUGAACACCCUGAUGACUGGCUGAAGUUUGGCAACCCWUGGGAAAAGUCUCGUCCAGAGUACACCAUACCAGUCCAGUUUUAUGGCAAAGUAAACCAAGGUGAAGAUGGAAAGCCAAAGUGGGAGCACACWAGUCAUGUGUAUGCCAUGCCAUAUGACCAGCCAAUUCCUGGAUACUGUAACAAUACUUGUAAUACAAUGAGRCUUUGGUCUUGCAAGUCGUCAAAGGAUUUUGACCUGUCUUACUUCAAUGAUGGUGAUUAUAUCAAAGCUGUCUGUGAUAGAAAUAGUGCUGAAAAUAUCUCAAGRGUCUUGUAUCCUAAUGACAAUUUUUUUGAAGGCAAAGAACUACGACUAAAACAGGAGUAUUUCAUGGUGUCUGCUACUUUACAAGACAUAGUGAGACGUUACAAAGCAUCAAAGUAUGGCGAUAGAUCUGCUAAAAGAAAAACCUUUGAUGACUUCCCAGAUAAGGUUGCUAUACAACUAAAUGACACYCAUCCAUCAUUGGCCAUCCCUGAACUAAUGAGAAUCUUUACAGACCUUGAAGGCUUAGACUGGGAUGAGGCAUGGAAUAUUUGUGUCAAUACGUUUGGUUACACAAACCAUACCCUUCUACCAGAGGCUCUAGAGAGAUGGCCAGUGCAUAUGCUAGAGUACAUUCUACCUAGACAUCUUAGUAUCAUUUAUGAAAUUAAUGCAAGAYACUUAAAGGUUGUGCUUGACAAGUGGCCUGGAGACAUUGAUAGAAUGAGACGAAUGUCUUUAGUGGAAGAAGGACAAGAAAAGAAAAUCAACAUGGCAUUUUUAUGCAUUGUAGGAUCGCAUGCAGUAAAUGGAGUCGCAGCUUUGCACUCACAAUUGCUCAAGGAYGGAAUGUUUAAGGACUUUUAUGAGCUUAGUCCAGAAAAGUUUCAGAACAAGACCAAUGGCGUAACACCUCGUCGCUGGCUACUAAUGUGCAAUCCAGGACUCUCCGACUUGAUAUGUGAGAAAAUUGGUGACGGCUGGAUAACUGAUUUGUCAGAGCUUAUAAAGCUUAAACCAUUCUUGAAUGAAAAGUCCUUUUUGCAUGCAUUUACAAGGUCUAAACAGGAAAACAAGAUCAGGCUUGCUGCUUACAUCAAGUCUGAAUUUCAUGUUGAUGUGAAUGUAGAUUCAAUCUUUGACAUCCAAGUGAAAAGRAUCCAUGAGUAUAAACGACAACUUAUGACUUGCCUACACGUCAUUGUGCUUUAUAAUCGUUUGAAGGCAAACCCAAACAUGAGCUUUGUUCCUCGUACAGUCAUGAUUGGUGGCAAGGCUGCUCCAGGCUACUACAUGGCUAAGCUUAUUAUAAAGCUCAUAAAUAGUGUUGCCAGAGUUGUCAACAAUGAUCCCAUUAUUGGAGACAAACUGAAAUUGGUUUUCUUGGAGAAUUACAGAGUUUCUUUUGCUGAAAARGUUAUUCCAGCUGCAGACUUGUCAGAACAGAUUUCGCUUGCAGGAACAGAGGCAUCUGGGACUGGAAAUAUGAAGUUUAUGAUGAAUGGUGCCCUGACUAUAGGUACUCUUGAUGGUGCCAAUGUUGAGAUGUGUGAAGAAAUGGGUGAAGAGAACAUGUUCAUCUUUGGGAUGACUGUGGAAGAAGUAGAAAAGUGUAAAAAAGCAGGGUAUGACCCCAAAGUAUUCUAUGACAAGAAUCCUGAGCUCAGAAAAGCAUUGGAUCAAAUUCGUGAUAACUACUUUUCUCCAAGAGAGCCAGGYGUAUUCCAGGAUAUUUAUAAUGCUAUGGUUUACCAUGACAGGUUUUUACUUAUGGCYGAUUUUGAUGCUUAUCUGAAAUGCCAGGAAAGAGUCAGCCAGACUUUCAUGAACCCCAAGCAGUGGUACACAAUGGCUGCCAURAAUGUAGCAACAUCAGGGAAGUUCUCAUCAGACCGUACAAUAAAGCAAUAUGCUGAAGAGAUCUGGAAAGCUGAAGCUGUUCACMCAUCAGAGAUGAAGCCAGUUGCUGUUAAGUCUUAGCUUCAAGUCGACUGAUUAGCAAGAUGUGAAUAAUUCAAUAUUACAAGCUUGAACACUAAUCAUGAAAUAGAACACUUUUCUUUUCUUUUACGUCAGAGUUUAGUUGUUUUUUUUUUCCCAGUAUUUCUUUUAAAGAAGAGAGCACAGCAUUUAAUGCAGGAGUGAAGCCUGGGGGGUGCACAUAACAGAAAAUGCUGCAUAAGAUACAUACAGUAUAGAUACAAAGUCAUAUCAGGGAAGAAUUGUGCUCCCCCCCUGCUUCGUACUCCUUGAACCAUCCUUUAGUUUGUAAUAAUUGCCAUWACUAUAGUCCUUGAGGAAACUAAUUCAAGUGAAAGCAGCACUCUUCCCUACAAACCAUUAUUAAGUGUCAUGAAUGAUUAGUGAAGUUGGGUUCCUGAUAYGGAGUGAUUGCAUAGAUUUAUUCAAUUGUUCUUAUGUUUUGUGACAUUUUGUGCCUUUGUGUGUAUCAAAGUGAUGAAAGAAGGAUCAAAGAUGUUUGUAUAACAAGAAACUUAGUUAGAAUGAUUUAAAUUAUAAACCUACUUGGAGGUAGAAAACUAGUAAAUUAAUUUUUGUAAGGGUAGUGUAUGUAAAGUUCUCUAAAUUAAAAUAUUGACAAACAUGAA